AUGAAUGGCCAUUCAUCAGGCUUCGCUCAGCCCUUGCUGAUUGUGCCACUUGCACUGAAAUGGCUCCUUGGAAUGCAGAACAAAGACGGGGGUUGGGGAGCCUUUGAUCGGGACAACAACCUGUUUCUGAACAAGAUACCUUUCAGCGAUAUGGAGGCUUUAUGUGAUCCAUCUACUCCAGACGUCAGCGGUCAUGUGCUUGAGGCCUUCGGACUCUUCUUGUCAAUUAGCAGGAAGCACAAGACGCAAGCUGAUGAAAGCAAACUGGUCGAUCAUCUGACAGCGGCCUCCCAAAGAGCGAUUGAUUACCUUUCCAGUAUGCAAGAGCCCUCGGGUGCGUGGUAUGGGCGCUGGGGUUGCAAUUAUCUAUACGGAACUAGUGCUGCCCUUUGUGCAUUGCAAUACUUUGUCGGUACUACAGAAAGCAACGCUUGGGUUGGGAGAGAUGACAGCAUUCUUGACGACGUUAAGGACGCAACACAAUGGCUCGAGUUCACUCAAAACCAGGAUGGUGGCUGGGGUGAGACACUACACCUUCAUCUUGACUGCGUGAGGUCACCAAUAAAGCAAAUAUUAUUUCUCUUAGCUGUCCAUUGA